UCCUGUUGACUUGUUUAUGAUAUUUACAUUUUUUUACAAUUUUUAUUUAGCUUUAUUUAUUGUUAUUUUAUUUAUAUCAUUACGAUAAUGAUUGGAAUGUGUCAGCAUAUGUGCUCUAAGUCAGAAAUAUUGCUGAGAGAACGUGAAAACCUUCUUCAUCCUUUCGAAGUGGCCGUGGGUCAUACUCCAAAAUGCCCUCGGGCAGAUUACAGUCGCUGUGUGAAGGAAUACUGCCGGCCUACCGUCGGUAAGGAGGACAGGAACCCAGCCGAGGUCAGGCCUCCAUCUGUAUUACUGGAUACAGUCCACUAUCUUAUACAUAGUGUUGCAACUUUGAAAUGCCCUUGGAACGAGAUUUACGACUUCAUAUUUGACCGACUGCGGGCAGUUCGGCAGGAUCUGGUGGUCCAGGAGUGUGAAGAUAGGCACGCCAUUGAGAUACUGGAGGCAGCUGUUAGGUUCCAUGUAUACUCUGAGUACAGGCUGUGUACUGAACACAUUUCUGUGUUUGAUGCCAAGAUUAACAGUCAGCAUGCACAGGAAUGUCUCAAGAGGCUGAUUUCCCUGUACAAUAUCCGAGGAAAUACCAGUGAGAACAGGGCAGAGUUUGAGGCUACAUACCUGCUGUAUAACCUGGGGGCAGAGGAGGCCUUACUGCACUAUCUGAGUCUAGAUGUACACCUGAGACACUGUUCCAUCGUUAGGCAGGCGUAUCAGAUGAGUAUUGCUUUUGCGGCUAACAACUGGGUGAGAGUGUUGAGAAUGUAUGCCAACCUGUCUUCUACCAUCCACCUGUGUGCCGUCCAUAGACACUUCACUUGUAUCCAACAGAGGGCUCUCCACACUAUGAAUGCAGGCUAUUCAAGCAAAAACCUCACAUUUCCCAUAGCAAAACUGACAGAGUUACUGUUCUUGAACACUGAUACGGAAACCCAGAUAAUUUGUGAGAUGUACGGAGUUACUGUCCUUGGUGAAGGGGUGCAGUUUUUUAGAGGGAAUUUCAAGUCUGAUGAAAAGGUUGAGAGAUCCCACUGUGAUUUUGUUAACAGUCAGUUAAAGCAUAAGACCAUUCCUGAAAUUCUGAAAGGAAAAUCAUCACCUUUGAAAAAACCUGUAGGACAUGGAAAUGAAGCAUCUUCAGUACCUAAAGGGAGACAAAUCAGUGGCCAUGCAGACUUGGAUGUACGGGAGGAAAAAAGGCAAUCCAGAAAAUCGGUUCAAGGGACACAAUCCAGUGAUCAGCUGGAUCUGAAUAAAGAAAAACAAGGGAGACAACCCAGUGAGAAGCUGGAUCUGAAUAUAGAAAAUCAAGGGAGGCCAUGCAGUAAUGUUGUACAAAAUCAAGGGACACAAUCCAAUAAUAUAGAUCUACUAGCAAGCUUGUUGCCUUGUAAACUCCAAGGAAACAUUACACGGACAGAUGCUCUCAAUCACGAAUUUUCAAAGAAAUGUUCUACUUGAUGAGUGUCAUCUUUGAACUUUAAGACCAUCAUCAACUAAGCUUCUUAGAGAAAACUAACUUUCUACAUGUCAAAGAAAUUCUUUGAGCUCUGGGUGACCUUCCUUUUUAUCGUAAAUUAAACGUUUUGAAGCGAUUUUCAUUGUUAGAUCAUUUAGUAUUUUAUAUAUAGAAAGAUCUUUGCUGUGAAUAAGUGCUUUGAAAUUUUCAGUAAAAGCAGUUAAAUUUUUAUUUCAAACGAUUUAUAAUGAUGUUUAUUUUUUAUUUUUAAUUAAUACAACAUACACAUAAUAUAUUGUUUAUAAAAAAAUUGUACAUAGAAAAUGCCAUUUGCUUGCCAUUCUCUUACAUGAACUUUGAUGAUUCUGUAUCAUUAAUUAAUAGGAACUUGUUAUUGUGUAAAAACAUGAAUCACUAGUAAUAUUUUCUGAUGCAUUUUUAUGAUUUAUGACUAUUAUUUUUAUAUCUGAACCUUUUGUUGCCAGAAUGUAUUCUAUCUAGCAAUGAACUGUUUAUUUUUUAAAUAUGAAAAGUUGUUUGUUUACCUUAAUUAAACAUAAGUAUUUACACUUAUCACUAUAUCAUUUUCCAUCGUUUAUUGUAUAUUUAUUAUAUAUUUAAUGACCUUUUCUCUUUUUUUCUUUAAAUAAGUAAAAUUACUGUCAUUUUUAGCUCGGCUGUUUUCGGAGAAAACCGGAGGUAUUGUCAUAGCCAGCUCGUCAUGUCGUCCUCCGUCCACGUCGUGCUAAUACCUCAACGUUUUGUCAAUGUUUUGAACAUUGGCUCUAAAAUAAAAGUGCUUCCACCUACAACUUUGAAACUUCAUAUGUAGCUGCACCUUGAUGACACGCCACACCCAUAUUUGGGUCACUAGGUCAAAGGUCAAGGUCACUGUGACCUAAAAAAAACAAGCUUUCAUUCCUUCAAAAAUGCAACCGCAGCUGAGCGUGGCACCCGUUAUGCGGUGCUCUUGUUAUUCUUAACACAUAUUAUAUAUUAUUCAUGUGUUAUUGGCUAAUUCAAUCAUGACGAUUAUAAUAAUUGCAUGUUUCCUUUUCGUUUCCAAAAUAGUUUGAACAUCAAACAUGUGCUCAUUCCUUAACCAACAGACUUUCAUCAGCUUUCUCUUUGGUAUAAUAUUAUAUGGUAGGUAUAUAUGGCUGCUCCUUUUCCUUUCAGACCUUCAAGUACGUAAUCUAAGUUAAAUAAAUGAUUGAUAUGUGGAUGGUAGACUUUCUGUGCUAUUUCACAUUAUUUAAGUGUUUUUCAUCAGACCAAAAAUGUUCUUGAUAUAUUGAUAUACAUAAUUGAAAACUAAUAUCUGGAUCUUUCCAUAACGGAACAAUACCUAAGUUAGGUUGAUGAAAUGUAUGAAGAUCCUGUUCUUACUCCGCCACAAUAAACUUGGUAGGGACUAUUGUUUUGUCUGUGAAACAGCUCUUGUUAAUUUUGUUUCUGGUUUCUACUUAUUUAAACAAAGAUUUUAACAGAAUAUACAGUUAACAGAUAAUAUAAUGGCAGUGGUCUGUCUGCCUGGUAUGAAAGCAAACAGCCCACUUUUAAUGAUCAUUAUCACUCGCUAUUAACCCAACAGCUGAAGCAAAGUUCACUCUAGAUACCUGCUGAAUGAUAUCCAGUGUUGUCAAUAAGUAUAUCAAUACAUUUAGAAACACUGGAAGCUCGGUGUCCUUCAGCAGAUUGCCUUGAUUUGAUCUCAGUGUGGACAGUCAUGUACAUUCAUUGUUUUUUCACUGUUAUAAUUUUUUUUGCAAUAUUAACGUCAAUUAACAAAUGACUGUUUGUAUCUGCAGUGAUUUUGCUUUCAUAGCAUGGAACUGUUUUACAGCAAGUUGGAGACAUCCUUAAAUAACACAUUUCAAAUUUUGAAAUAUUAAGGUCAACACUAAUGUAAUGGAUUUAGUCAUAUAUAGAUAUUUGAUCAUCAUGUUAAAUUUAUCAUCUUUAACCUAUACUGUUAACCUGUGAAAAGUUUUCUGAACGGUUAUUUAGCACUUUAUGUAAAUGUUCUGGCAUUUGUUUUUUUCUGACUGUGAUAUUUGUUUACAUUAACUACUUGAACAUUGUUUGUUUAUACAUUACGAAAUUGUAGUAUAUCUCAAAGUUCUUUACAGUAUUACUUGUAUAUGUGAAUGUUAACUAUAUUCGACUAAAUUGUAUUUAUGUUUGAAACAAGUUAGAACAUUCAUUUACAUCUCAUUAAAACUGAUUAUGGUAAUAAACGACAUUUAAUUUGUUGUAAUAUUAA